CAAAAUGCAUAGUUAGCUUUGAUAUCUCAAACGCAAUAGACUCUAUCUAAACAUGAAGUUCCUUAUUGUCUUCGUUGCCCUCUUCGCCCUCGUCCUGGCUGCACCCGACGCAGUCGAAAUUCACAGACAAGACAGCGUCGUCACUGCUGAUGGAUAUAAUUUCGACACCUUAACCUCUGAUGGCUCCCGCCAUGUCUCGAGCGGUAAACUGCUUCCAGGUGAAGAAGAAGAUAAGGGUGAAUAUUCGGUCAAGGGUAGCUACAGCUUCGUUGCCGAUGAUGGCCUGACCUACACCGUCGACUACAUUGCCGAUAAGAACGGUUUCCAGCCUUCCGGUGCUCAUUUGCCCAUUGCCCCAGAGGCCCUUCAUUAAAUUAGAAAGCUUAAAAUAAAUUGAUUGUUAUUG